AUUUUUGAAUGAUCGAUUAGUAAACUGGUGGUUGGUGAACGUGGUGACGUGAUUCAGUGACGAAGUGUUUGUGAUUGUUUGUGCGGAGAUAGCGUAUAAUGUGAUGAUGAGGCGAGGGAAAGUGCUGCUCGAGGGCAGCAGACAGGGCUCUGUCGACGGUAAAGCGAACGUGGCUAAUGAUAAGGAGCUGGUGCACAAAUGCCAUAGCGAUCCUGGUGGUGGGCGCGCUCUUGGUGCCGCCCCAAGGACGCACAGGCAUCGAUCUGCGUCGGGCGCGACCAGGAAAUGCGUGUUGACGCUCGACGGAUACUCAUAUGUCAUUGGAGGCAAACGAGGAGACUCAUCACUAAUUAUACGUGAUCCGCCCAUGGACAUCUGCAUCACCAGCCGAGUCACAGGCGCGUUGCCGGUCGUUUAA